AGAUAUGAGUAGCCUUGGUAAACAAAAUCCGUUCGUUAAAGUGACAUUUCUUUAAAUAAACAAAUGUCUUUUGUAGUCGCGAGGCGGACGCGUGUGUUCGUGCGUGUAAAUGCGUUUGAGCAAACACAAUAAAACUUAAGUAAUAAACAAAUUAGCGAGUAAACAGUUGUUUCUGGCAGGCGACGGAGAGACGUGAAAAGGUUUUUGGUUGGAGCGUCGGUGCGAGGGGAAUGCGUAGGCAGUGCAGAGGAGUAUGCGAGAGUACCCUCCCAAAUAUAUGCUACUGACAACAUCAGUUUGAAACUUGUCCUCAACGAAGACUGAUGGCAACGUUGUAUAUACAAGGCUAUAUCUGUUAAGUUGGUUUUAUAACUUCCACUUUUGGAAAAACCAUUCCAAUGAAUUUCCCACAUUGUCUGCCUCUGGCAGAACUAGAGGAGUGUGAUCAAUCAUGUAUUGAAUUGCCAGAAGCAUUUAAACUGAAUUGCUCAUAUUUGGACCAUUUGCCAGUGCUUGAAAGCAAAAUUCCAUACAAUUAUUUUUUCCAUGAAUACAUGUUGAAGAAUCAAGCUUGCUUAAUAAGGAAUGUGUCUAGCAAAUGGGAGUCACAGAGGUUUUGGAUAAAGGAUGCUGAUAAUUUAGAUUUCAACUAUUUGAAAUCAAAGUAUGGAUCAUUGGAUGUAACUGUGUAUGACUGCAACAAAAAGUAUUACAAUUCCCAAGAAGCAAAUCAAAUGAAAUUCAGUAAAUAUUUGGAACAUUGGGAAUCAUUCAAGAAGAGUGGAUACUCAGAUGAUCUUCCUUUACUUUACCUGAAGGAUUGGCAUCUCAAAAAUCAAUUGAAAGAUGAUAAAUUCUACAUAGUUCCCAAAUAUUUUGCUUCUGAUUGGUUGAAUGAGUAUUUAGUUGAAAACAACAAAGAUGAUUAUAGAUUUGUUUACAUGGGUCCCAAAUCAACUUGGACCCAAUUCCAUGCAGAUGUGUUCAACUCAUACAGUUGGUCAACAAAUAUAUUUGGUCAGAAAAAGUGGAUUAUAUUCCCUCCAGGAGAGGAGAAAAAGUUGAAGGAUAAAAUUGGAAAUUUACCAUACAGACUGGAAACCAUUCCAGAAUCUGUAAAAUAUCUGGAAGUAAUACAGAAUCCAGGUGAUGCUAUAUUUGUGCCUUCUGGAUGGCAUCAUCAAGUUACCAAUUUGACAGAUACAAUUUCGGUUAAUCAUAAUUGGGUAAAUGGGUGCAAUAUUAAACUGAUGUGGUUGGAGUUUGUGGAAACAUUGAAGAAUGUUAAAAAGGAAAUUGACGAUUGCAAAAGUAUGGAGAAUUUCCAUGCACAGUGUCAGGUUUUAUUGAAAUCUACUUUUGGGUUAGAUUUUAAAGACUUCUUUGAUUUUCUAAAGUAUAUUUGUUCGAAGCGACUGCAGAAAACUGAUAACCAUUCCAUAUUUGAUUUGCAAAGAAUCAAAGAAAUUUUGCUUUUAUUCUCUGCUCACGAGGACGUCGAUGUUUUGGAAUUGAGGUCGAAC